AUGUACGAUACAAUUUUUUCUGUCCCAAAGGGGGUACCUUCUUAUAAUGGUGUCCGAUCUUUUUCCCUUCAACGUCUACUUAAUGAAACAAUUUUUUUUCGGUGUCGUGAACGGUUGUUGCAAGCGCAAAAUUUACUGGAGCGGGCGCAACCAAAACCAGUAAAGAUUACGCGGUCUGGUCAUUGUUUAUUGUCACUCACUUGCCCAUUAAUUUUAACAGAGGAGUGCAUUACCGCUGAAGCUUUAAUUAUUUCUGUCAAUACAUUCUUUGGUACAGUUAACUGUCGAGUUGAGGCAUUAGGUCGUUGUGACGAAAUUAACGAAUUAGAAAAACAACUAAAUGCAGCCAGUCCUUCAAUAAAAAUUAUAGUCAAUUUAUUAGACCGUUUACGAAUUUUAAUACUAAUGGAGCGUUUACAGAGAGCUAUUGUUGGACUACAAGUCAACAAACUCAACGACAACCAAGCUUUAUCCCUUGCAAAUAAAUUAACUACACUUCCAAAAGAUAGAAGCAUUUUCCAAUUUAUUAGAGAAGACCAAUUUUAUUUGGUAAAUUAUAAAAAAUUUUAA